UGAGAGGAGCGAGUGAGGACACGAGCCGAGCUAAUGGACAUAGAUUCAUCCAAGAACAUGAAGAAACCCGGGACUCUGCGCUGCAGCAUUAAGCUGUUCGUCCUGUGCCACGGCCUCCUGCAGUUCUCUCAGCUGCUGUACAGCGCCUACUUCAAGAGCACCAUCACCACCAUUGAGAGACGCUACGGCCUCAGCAGCUACUCCUCGGGAACCAUUUCCUCUCUCAACGAGAUCAGUAACAGCGUGCUGAUCGUGUUCGUGAGCUACUUUGGAAAUCGGGUUCACCGUCCUCGCGUCAUCGGAAUUGGUGGAUUGCUGAUGGCUAUCAGUGCCAUGAUCCUGACCUUGCCCCACUUCCUGUCCCAGCCCUACGAGUUCGACUCUGUUUUACACAAUCGCCACGACAUUUGCAACCUGCAUCAGAACUCGAGCGACUCCGAGUCUUGUGGCCGCGACGAGUCCAGGCGUCUGACCGACACCAACAACGUGUGGCUGCUGAUGGCCAGCGCGCAGCUGCUCUUCGGUGUGGGCUCGGUGCCGAUCCAGCCCUUUGGGAUUUCCUACAUAGAUGAUUUUGCAGGACCUGCCAACUCCCCUCUUUACAUAGCCAUCCUGUUUGCAGUGUCUGUGUUUGGGCCCGUCAUCGGCUACCUGCUGGGCUCCGUCAUGCUGCGCAUCUACGUGGACGUGGACAGACUCGGUUUAGGAGCCGAUCUAGAGCUGAGACACAGCGAUCCCCGCUGGGUCGGGGCCUGGUGGAUGGGCCUGCUCAUCACCACUGGCUGCCUGGUUCUCACCUCCAUCCCUUACUUCUUCUUCCCUCGUAGCAUGCCGUCAGAAGACAGUGUGAUUGGAAGUGAAAGUGAAAGUGACAUGAACGACGACUUCAAGAAGCCAGAUAUCUCUUUACUUGAUUUCCUGAAAAUGUUUCCCAGGAUGUUUAUCCACCUCCUGUUGAGCCCUCUCUUCCUGAUGCUGGUGCUGGCCCAGUGCUGCUUCUCCUCGGUGAUUGCGGGUCUCUCUACGUUCCUGAACAAGUUUCUGGAGCGGCAGUACAGCACUUCGGCCGCCUACAGCAGCCUGCUAAUAGGUGCUGUGACUCUGCCAUCAGUGGCAGUGGGGAUGCUGGUCGGGGGGGUCAUCAUGAAGAGGACAGGUCUGUCUCUGAAGACCAUCCCGCGUUUCUCUACGGUCAUGCUGACCAUUUCCACCCUCCUCUGUGUCCCUCUGUUCUUCAUGGGCUGUCCCACCCAGAAAGUCUCAGAGGUCAAUCAUUAUCAAGUCCGACAGCACGGGUCACCAUACAAGUGUUACUCCGACUGCUCCUGUCCCGACAGCGCCUUCAACCCCGUGUGUGGGUCCGACGGUAUCGAGUACAUUUCUCCUUGUCAUGCGGGCUGCACCAACUUCACCAAAGACCCCAACAACACGCACAGGGUUCAGCUAUACACCAACUGCAGGUGUAUAUCUGGGAGCCAGAGUAACGCCCGCCCAGCUCCGUGUCCAAACAGCUGCCCUCACUUACUUCUCCCCGUCAUACUCGUCAUCUCUCUGGCAUCGCUGAUCGCCUGCCUCACGCACAACCCCAUGUACAUGAUGGUGCUCAGAUCUGUUCCUUCUGAGGAAAAGUCAUUUGCUAUAGGAAUCCAGUUUUUACUCAUGAGAGUGUUGGCCUGGCUACCUGCCCCUGCGCUCUACGGGAUGGCCAUUGAUUCGUCAUGUAUCUCGUGGAAGCGUGUGUGCGGAAAGAAGUCUAGCUGUGGUUACUAUGACAACAACAGCUUGAGGAACCGAUACCUGGGCUUACAGGUGGGUUAUAAGGUCGCGGGCAUCGUUCUGCUGAUGAUGCUGGGCUGGAAGGUGCAUCGGACCCAGGAGUACAGUCUGGAGAAGAGGCCCGAAGGACUGCUGUGACCCUGCUGAUGGAGGCCUCUCUGUUUCUUAAAGCUUUGCUGUGGUGUUAAACGUUUGGAAGAACAGUUUGCUGAGAAAAGCUGUGAGUGGCAGAAAGCCACAAGCCAAGACAGGCCUACGCUGACCUCAGUUUCAAAGCACCACUUCCCUACGUGGUGCUUCACUGGUUGGAGUUAAAAUAUAUAUUUUCCAAACAGGAAGAUUUGUGACGUUUUUGGAUGCUUUAAGGCUUAUGAUUGGAAUCACUCUGCCAAUAUGACCCACUCAUUACAAGCGAAGAGAGGGCAGCUAAAACUCCUCUCUUGUGUGGUACCUCACAACAUUUUAUAUGGAUCUGAGACUGGGACGAGAGUCUGACCAAUGAUAAAAACAACAGAUAAUUAUCUUUGUAUAUUACUUGUUCCUAUGAGGUAGGACCCUAUUCAGGUUUCUAUUUGCAAUGGAAACAUACUGUGUAACUAAUUAACUGUAUAGCUUAAUAUUUAAGUUUAUUUUUUAUAGAUGUUUGUCUCAUACAAAGAGACAUCUUUGAUAACUGCAAUACUCAUUUCAUAUAACAUCACAUAUAACACUUGAUUUAAAUGCAUUUCUAUUGUGAUUUCAGAUAUCCAGUACAUAAACUGUUACAGUAUUAACUCUACGCAUUAUGCUAUCUACUGGUGUGGUUAUAUGGAUGUUAUAACAGUGGAGUGCAUUAGAUGUACUGAGCAUUACUGGCUAAUAAAAAAAAUAUACAAUUACA